UCUCCUGGUUCCUUUAAGUUUUCCGCCCCGGUUAGGCUUUAAGUGGCGAUUCCUGCCUCCAGCCGGGCUCCGCCCAGCCUCGAGGGGCUUUCCUGGCCGAAGGACUGCGUCAUAAGUGUAGGAAAAUGGAAAGUCAAGAGUUAACUGGAACCUGAUUAUGGAGUGGAGGGAAAUCUCCACCCCUCUGGAGCCGCUUUUACUGCUUUCAGUUUCUGUGUUUAGUUGGACCUUAGUUGCGAUAAAGCAGUUGCCUGACAUUGAGCAACUCUCUGCCUGCAGCGAUUUAGUUCGCUGUCACCCUGAGAUCAGACAAAUAAGCAGUUGCGUAAUUCUGGGCCGUUUGGGAGAAAGGGAGACUUCUGCAUCGGGUACUGGCUCGCAAUCAUGGACGCGCUGGAGGCGACGUGGGGCUUGCUGCGCCUCUUGCUCGCCGUGGCCCUCCUGGCCUUUGGCCUUUAUUGCUGCUACAUAAAAUACAUCCACUUGAAGUACGAUCACAUCCCCGGCGCCUCGAGGGCGAGCUUUUUCUUUGGUCACCUGCCAAGCCUGUGGAAAAAGUUUAAACGGGAAGAAAUGGUUUAUGAUCUCUUCAUACAGUGGGCUGAAGAACAUGGACCAAUCUUCCGUAUUAAUGCCUUUCACAAAGUCUCAGUGGCAGUAUUCAGUCCUGAAGGAGUAAAGGAGUAUCUGAUGCAACCACAGUACCCAAAAGACCCAGAUGCAUAUUCUAGUCUUUUUAAUAUGUUUGGUGUAAGGUUUCUAGGAAAUGGCUUGGUAGUAGAUCCCAACCAUGAACGCUGGCACAAGCAACGGAGAAUUAUAGAUCCAGCUUUUAGCCGAACUUAUCUGAUUGGCUUGAUGGGAAUCUUCAAUGACAAAGCAGAAGACCUUAUGAAGGUGUUGGAAGAGAAAGCUGAUGGAGAGACAGGUGUAAAUAUGAUGGACCUGCUGAGACGGGUGACUCUUGACAUCAUUGCAAAGGUGGCUUUUGGCUUAGAACUGAACACCCUGCACGAUGACCAAACCCCUUUCCCACGUGCAGUGACAAUGGUCUUUGAAGGCAUUGCCAAGAUGCGCAUCCCUGCUUUUCAGUACAUGCCAUGGAACAGGAAAAUAGUGAAAGAGAUUCAGGACUGCUUGAGGCUGUUACGCCGCACUGGGAAGGAGUGUAUCGAGCAGAGGCUCAAGGCCAUCGAGAACGAAGAGGAGAUCCCUAUGGAUAUUCUCACUCAGAUCUUGAAGACUGCAGCACAGGAGGGGGAUUGCGAUGAUGAAAGCAUGCUGGACAACUUUGUCACCUUCUUCUUUGCAGGUCACGAAACCACUGCCAAUCUGUUGUCUUUCACCAUCAUGGAGCUGGGACGGCAACCUGAAAUAGUGGCAAAACUUCAGGCUGAAGUAGAUGAGGUCAUUGGUGCAAAGAGGGACAUUAACUAUGAAGAUCUUGGCAACCUCCAAUAUUUAUCACAGGUUCUCAAAGAAUCCCUACGAUUGUACCCACCGGCUCCAUCCACUGUACGCUGGACAGGAACUGAAAAAGUAAUUGAAGGGGUCAAAAUUCCAGCAAACACAACCCUGAUGUUCAACACGUAUGUUAUGGGACGCAUGGAAAGGUUUUUCAAGGAUCCACUGAUCUUCGAUCCUGACCGAUUCGGUAAAGAACAGCCCAAGCCCUACUAUUCCUAUUUCCCAUUUUCCUUGGGGCCUCGUUCCUGCAUUGGGCAGACAUUUGCACAGAUGGAGGCUAAAGUGAUAAUGGCCAAAUUUCUGCAGAGGUUUGAAUUCCAGCUGGUCCCACCACAGAGCUUUAAGAUUUUGGAUGUGGGAACACUGAAGCCACUGGAUGCUGUGGUGUGCAGACUGAACCUAUGCAACUCUCUGGCUUUUGAAGACCAAGCAACAUAUUGAUGGAGGGCUUCAGUUUGGGUUUGCUACUGGGAAAGGCUACAAUUAAUUUAAUAGAAGAAUCAGGACUCAUAGAGUGAAGUUUGGGCAAGGAUUUAUAUUGUCUGAUGUAUGAAUUAAAACACUAAGAGGACUAAACUGUUUUGGAGGGUAACCUUGUCGGUCUGUCAAUAGAACCACUAGAUUUGAGUCCAGUAUUACUCUAGAGACCAACAAGGUUUUCAAGGUGUGAGCCUUGGAGAGUCGAAAGCCCCCUUCGUCAUGUAUCUGACAAAGGGCGCUCUCGCUCUGACUCUUGAAAGCUCAUUAUCUCUGAGAAGCAGAUCAAUUUCGAAAUUUGAAGAGAGAUGGAGUGAUCAUUAUGCAAACAGGAGGCAAAUUUAGAAUGAGG